AGGUCAACAUCUUUGGACCGGCAGGCACAGGAGAGAGAGAGAGGGCGGAUCAAAGGACCCAAAGCUCGGUCAAAAGAUUCUGCAACUGCCAUAAACUCCCGCCCGCCGCGAAGCCGCGCUCGUCCCAGUUGCUCAAACUACUAGUAUAUCCAGAGCUCUUGCAUCCAACCCUAUAAAUCCACCCAGCUCUCGCUCGUUUUUCCGCAGCUGACCACCAAGCCUAAGAAGAAGACGCGAUCCAAUCGAAGGCAAUCAUCAUCAUCAUCAUCUCUCUCUCUCUUACUCGUCGGGGUCGGGCAAACAAACGCACUGCAGCAUCUGGCCAUGGCUUGGACGAAGAGGAAGACUGGCGGCAGCGGGUCACCCGCGCGCGGGGCCGGCGCCUACGAGGAGGAGGAGAAGGUCCCGAGAGGGCACGUCCCGAUGCUGGUCGCUGACGGGGACGGCGGCCACGGCGAGCGGGUGCUGGUGCCGGUGACGCUUCUCAGCGACCCUUGCGUCGCGGAGCUGCUGGACAUGGCGGCGCAGCGGUACGGGUACGGCCAGCCGGGCGUGCUUCGGGUGCCCUGCGACGCCGGCCACUUCCGCCAGGUCCUCGACGGCGCUAUGCACAGAUGCGGGAUCAGCGUCGCGUGAACACAGCCACAGUUGGCAGCUACCCGAGCACUGAGGAGAAAAACAGCUCCCGUGCCGCGAGCCGGCGACCAAGCUAACUUGUAGGCUUGUAGCCUUGUACACUUAUAAUCCUAGAUGAUUAGUUUGUUCUUGAAUAUAUUGAUUCAUUUGAUCCAUUCAAUUUUAUAACUGUAGACGCAACGCAACAUGACACCACAAGUCAAUCUCAGGGCCUGCAUAUAUUAUUAUAGUGUCUACUGUUUUUUAUCA